AACACAACCGAGGAGUUCCGAUUGAUGUCUUGUAGUUUUGUCAUCGACAGAAAUACCGUAGGCUCUGCAUUUGGAAGACCAGAAGUGAUUUUCUAGUAUUUUCUUUUCCUGUACUGCACAACAGCUAUGUAAUAUGCAUUUCGUAUGGACUCUAUAAUGUAUAUGUUAGUCUCAGUAUACCAACGUUGUAUAUGUGUGUGAGCUGAUAAUGGUAUUUGAAGGACAUCGUCAACGAUAAGAAUUUGUUAUAAUGGCUGCAAGCACUGUACCAUUAGACACCCAUAAUGCUACUCUCCUCAAUGAACUUGAGAUCGGGGAUAUGGUGGAAUUUCCAAGAGGCUUGUAUUCACACUGGGGUGUAUAUAUAGGUGAAGGAAAGAUAGUGCACCUUUCAGGAGGGGACAAUGACGGCAUCAAUGCUUUUAACUCCGGAAGUGUUUUUACGAUCUGUGGGAAGAGUUUCAACAAAGCAUUUGUGAGGGUUGAUGACUUUUGUAGAGUUGUCCUUGGCUGUAAGGCAAAGAAAAACAAUGGAAAGGACAGGAAGUGCACGCCCCGCCAAGCACAUGAGAUAUUGCAGAUUGCUCUGGACAUGGUUGGAGAGAUAGGCUAUAAUGUUCUGUGGAAUAACUGUGAACAUUUCGCAGCCUUCAUUAGAUACGGACGAAAGUGGUCUGAGCAGGCUGAUACUGCUCUAGUGUGGACUGUGGCAGCUGGUGCUGUAGCAGUCGGUGGACUUUUGUUGCAGAGUGUUUUCAGUGGUUCAGAGGAAAAGAAAGAAGCAAAUAAAUAGUGUAUAUAGCAACAUUGAUGUACAAAUUAACGAAAACAUUGUCAGAGAUUUCGAGAUAGAUUCUGUACCAACUAGGAAAUCUGUUAAAAUUUAAAAGUACAUGUACAUGUAUAUCAAAUGGAGGAUAUUUGAUUUUACAUUCUCAUAUUUGACAUGACUAGCAUUGUUUGAUAUAAUUGAGGAUAUUUAAAUUUACAUUCUCAUAUCUGACAUGAUUGGCAUUGUUUGAUAUAAUUGAGGAUUUUAAAUUUACAUUCUCAUAUCUGACAUGACUGGCAUUGUUUGAUAUAAUUGAGGAUAUUUAAAUUUACAUUCUCAUAUCUGACAUGACUGGCAUUGUUUGAUAUAAUUGAGGAUAUUUAAAUUUACAUUCUCAUAUCUGACAUGAUUGGCAUUGUUCGGUAUUAUUGACAGAAUCAUCCCAGGCUGAUCCAUAUUUAUUAAGUUUUGUAAAGUAUUAAGCUUUGAUUUUAAAAUGGUCAUUCGAAUUUGAAUAAUUUACUCUUUUAAUAUUCUCACAGUUGACAAACUGUUAGAUAUGCAAAUGGUCAGGGAUAGUGACACAUUGGGUAAAUUAGCUUUAUUUGAGAAAGUGAGAAAGUUCCCCUAUCAGUAAUGAUAAUUACAGAAAUGGAUGAAGCCUACCUUUUACAGUUUUGGAAACUAUUUAGGAUGAGUCGUGUUCUUUUUUGAUUGAUUUUUCUCCAUAUUUUCAUAUUAAUGAAGAAAUGGUAACAAAAAUGUCCUGAAACAUUGUUGGUGAAAUUUCUACAGGAUGAAUUGGAAAAUUACUCAAAAAAUGUUUGUUAAUUGAGUUACUGGUUAAUUCAAUAUGGAAAUCAUACAAUAUACAAAAAUCAGUUUAUGAUUUUGAAAUGUUAUAUUAAAACAUUUACAACACAUAUAUAUUAAUUAACAUGAGAGCACAAUAUGCUUUACAAUAUCUAACCAAAUACUGUAACAUUUCCAAAACACUAGAAUUCCACGGAAGUGGAUGUAUUGCUUGCACUAACUUAAUUGAAAAGGUGUAAUUUUGAAAAUUUCAUGGUCACCAUACAAAAACCAUCAUACAAUGUACAUUAUGAAUAUGAUACAUACCAAGUCUCAAUUUGAUCGUGGCAAGUGGUAACAAAAAAGGCUGAAAAACUACUAAUUGUGAUAAUUACACAAGUGUACCUGUAACCCAAGGACCAUAACUCCAGCUAAAACAAAAUCGAAUAUUGACAUGCAUUUUAGGCUCAAGCACAAACUGCAAUUCAUUAUGACAUUAUGUGCAAAAUGCCAAAUCUCUUCUUAAUUAUGUGAAUUUUCGAUGUACAACAGGUCAUAACACCAGCAAAAUAAUGGAAUUUUGACAACAGAAUAAAACUUGAGCUGUAUUCUUAUAUGAUAAAACCACAUACUUGUAUGAAGUAACAAAUUGAUGUUGCAAGCAGUAGCAAAAAAAGUCUGGAAAUCAGGGAAAUGUGAGAAUUUGGUAUACGCAAAGGUCCAUAACCCCAGCAAAAAAUGCAUUAUCGACGCAGGAUUCCAUCUCAAACUGCAAUUCUUUAUGACAAAGCCACAUACUUAGCUACAAAUUGAUCUAGUUAGUGGUAUGGAACAAAUUCGGGUAAAUAAUUAAUUAUGUGACAUGUAAAGUAACUCUAGCAAAAACUAGAAUUUUGACACAGGGUUCAAACUUGAUCUGAAGUCUUACAUGAUAAAGCCCCAUACCAAGUAAUGAAUUAUGUAGCAAGUGGAGCAAAAAAAAUGUCCAGAAAAUUAGAGUGUGCCUGAUGUCCUCUAAACUGAUGAUGACAAAGUCACCCAGAAGUGUCCGCCAUGCUUUGCAGGCAACAUAACAAACGGAAUUUUGUAUAUUGCAUAAUUUCCAAUUCUCAACUGAAAAUAUGUGAAAAAAUAUAUUUCAAUCGGAAGUAACACAAUAAGAUUUAAAAACCAAACAAUCUCAUUUGUGAAAUCAAGUUCUUAUUCAUCAAUAAGGAAUUAAUGACAAUUUUGCAUUGUGACAACCGGCCAUAUCAGCUAAAAUUAUUUGAAGGUUGCAGUAACAUGCCAAUAUAAAAUCAUCAAUUGGUUUGAAGUGUAGACUUGUUUCUAUUUGUAUUUAUUGAUAUACAUGUAUAUUUAUUUGGUGAUGUACAAGUAUAUUUAUUUGGUGAUGUACAAGUGUAUUUAUUUGGUGAUGUACAAGUAUAUUUAUUUGGUGAUGUACAAGUGUAUUUAUUUGGUGAUGUACAAGUAUAUUUAUUUGGUGAUGUACAAGUGUAUUUAUUUAGUGAUAUUAAUUUGUUUGUUAAUGUCAGAUUUUUAUUUGUUGAUAAUAAUGAUUUGUUUACUGUUAUACACUGUAAAUCAUUGGCUUCCAUCAGUUUAAUAUACCUGUUUAUUGACAUUAAGAAAUCUUUUAUCAAUAAAUGAAUUAAAAUUAUAUUAAUAAGUAUUAAAAAAAGAAUAUGCAAAAAAAUCUUUAAAUUAACUGAAUAUUUAUAUAUGUAUUCAACUGGCUGACAUUCUGAAAUAUGACAUUAUUAAAUCUUCGGUUAUAUUUACAGAAUAUCUAACACAUAGUCAGCUUCUGUUAAAUUCUCAUCAAAAUGAACAGUUAUCAAAUUAAUUGGCAGAGGACUUUACCAAAGGGGAUUAAUUCUGUAUUUAUUCUAUAUUAUGUAGAUGUAAACUGUAUUUCAAGUGUGUUUUUUUUUUUAAUCAGUAGCGGCUUUAUGAUAUCUAGAACAUUUGCUGUUUUUGUCAUUUUUUUAAAGUUACAGUGGAAUGUUUAAGAAUCUGUCAGUAUGCACGUAUAAAAGAUGUGGGGAUAUUGGAUUUUUCUAAAGACAAAUAUAGGGAUGUAGAAAUUAUGCUCAGAACCUCGACAGAGUCUCAUUUCUAACAAAAUAUUCUUGUAAAAUUUCUUAACAAAUCAUCAACUGUAAUAUGGACUGUGAUAUGCCUCUGAUGUUAUUUGAACUUAGGUUAACAUCAAUUUUACUGGCAAUGUCGAUCGGAGACAUCAUUUAUAAUGCCUAUAUAUAUAUUAAUGGCUAUAUAUAUAUCUAUAUACAUAUCAUGUUAUGAAGAUUUCGCCUUUUUUAGUUACUUAUUAACAUACAUGUGUAAUUUCAAAAUCUUAUUUUGUCAUAAUACAUUCAUGUGAGAACACAUUUUUGUUACAUUAUUUAGGAGAUAUGUAUUUGUAUGUUUUACUGUGAUAAUCACUUGUUCCAAAUACGUAACUUGCUUGAUUGGUACACGAUUGGAGUGUUAAUAAACGUUGGUGUGACGUG